AUGGUUAAUUUCUCGUCGCUUCCCAAAACUUGGGAAAAUACGCCUUGCCUGAGGCGAAGAGUGGUCAAGGGGAGGCCGCUGAUGGUUUCAACUAACCCACACUGCAAGCAGGUGCUGGGAAAUGUGAAAAACCUAGCAGCCAACAACGAAGUGCUGAAGCCGGUCUUGGAGUGCAUGGCAAAAGCUGGGGUCGUGGAGACACCGUCUGUGGAUGUUAUGGGGCCCUUCGUGCUAGAGCUGUUUGGCGAUGCUGGUUACCCAAACCCUGCCAUUGCCGAAGACAUGGCUCACCAAGAGGCUUGGGGCAUCAAGCGAUGCCUCACGCUUGCCCGGAGGAAGUGGUCACGACCCGGGGGUCCUGAGAUCCCGAAGGAUCCUCGUGCUGCUGAGCUGGUGCGACUCUACGACGUGGCCCUGGCAAACUUCGUCCGUGCUGGGGGCAAUCGAGCAAGCCUGUUGCGACCAGACUCCAGUGAUGACCUCAGCGACCCUUACAUCCAAGAUGCCGAGAGUGAUACAGGGUCUGCGGGAUCUACCGUUGUUGCAGCUCCUCCUGAUCCACCUGCUGAACCAACCACUUCGGAAUCUUCCGGGUCUACGGAUAUGGUGCCUGCUGUUGUUCAUGAGCAUUACUCGAUCGAUGACAUUGGCCCUCGAUCCCUCCAAGCUCUGCUGGAUGAACUGGAUGACAAGGGUGAUGAUUUGCCGGUGUUGGAGCCUUAUGUGGAGGAGGGUGACACCUUGCCCGUCGCCAGGGCAGAGUCCGCUGAGAUGCUGGCGGGUGACAGCAUUGCCGAGUUGGGUGAGACAGUGCUGCCCGACAGCACGACCGAGUUGGGUGAGACAGUGCUGCCCGACAGCACCACGGAGUUGGGUGAGACAGUGCCCGACAGCAGAACCGAGUUGGGUGAGACAGUGCUGUUCGACAGCAGGACCGAGUUGGGUGAGGCAGUGCCCGACAGCAGGACCGAGUUGGGUGAGACAAAGCCCGACAGCAGGACCGAGUUGGGUGAGACAAAGCCCGACAGCAGGACCGAGUUGGGUGAGACAGUGCUGCCCGACAGCAGGACCGAGUUGGCCAACGAGGACAGAGAGGCAGCCAUUCGGGAGGCGAAGCAAAGGCAGCUGAGGUUGAAGGCUUUGCUGGCUGCUGGUGCUCAUAAGCUCGCUCAGCUGAACCCUUUCUGCAGUCGGGCAGUUGCAUUGUGUUCUGGCAGGCUUGUGGCUACUUCCUCCAUGGAUACCAUGGAGACACAGCAGUGGAAUGGAGUUCCGAGCCCGAGUAUGCCCCGAGCUUCCAGUGUGAUAGACCUGGAUACCCCAGAAAAGUGCCGAGUGAAGCAGGAGUGUUUGGAGGAUCUGCCCCCCGUGGCAGCCGAUCCAUUGCAGGCUCUGGAACCGCCAAUGACAUCGCCAGAGCCAACCCCAAAGCCGAAGCCUUCCGAGUUGCUGUACAGGGAGGAUUUGACCCCGGAGAAGAAGGUGCUCACACGAGAUGAUCAGCUUCGACUCAAAGCUGCUCAGGCUGCUGAUGGUGAGGGAAAACGUGGUCGAGGUCGCGGUCGCGGCCGAGGCCGUGGAUCUAAGGCUACGAAACAGAACCAGACGAAACAGUCGAAGAAGCAGGGUUCGGCCACCAAGCCGGCGGGCUCGGAUGGGACAGAUGCUUGGCAGCCCGAGUGGGAAGACACGGAAUGGGGGGACGAUGAUUGGGCUCGCUGGGAAGCCGGCGACUGGGACGAGGCUUGGGGUGAGACGGGUGAUUGGAGUUGGAAUGAAGGUGAAGCUGAAGGUGAGUGGGAGGAGAAGCCAAGGGCCAAGGGCAAACGCAGCCGGCAGCCCAAGGUUGUGGCUCCGACUGAGGAGCCAAAGGCUGCUCCUGCGAAAAGCAGGACCAAGCCUUUCGGAAGGGCCCGUCCUGGGGAUCAUGCUUCCAUUCACUACAUUGAUGAAGCCGACACCUUCAGCUAUCCACACACCUUUGCCCGUCGUUCCAGGCCCCCGAUCAAGGGAAGCGACGCCGAGAAGUUGUGGAUGGGCAUUGCAAAGGGUUUCAUUCAGGAGAUUGCACCUUCCCUCGAGAGCCGCACCCGAACCGAAGCCGAGGCCAACUACUACAUGUAUGCCAGAGCUCGCUGGCUCCAGAGUGGAAUUGCCCCUCGAGAUCCCGAGUUCCAGGAGCUCAUGCUUAUGGCAGCACAGGAGUUUGUGGUGCUUCGCCCUACGUCUGCCGAGGUUCUUGGGGGGGAUAAGACAUGUUACUUCAUUUUUCGAUUCAGGUAA